GGGUAAGGGGGAGGACAAGGCAAAGGGCUCCUGUGCUCAUUUCUAAGCAGUCUGUGGCUAGUAGCCUUCCUCUGCGGACAUCCAGAACCAGGCUGCCCUCAGCAGCCCUGUAGCAGUUUGGGCAGAUACCCCCUUUUUCCCCCCUUCUUUCUGUUUCUCACUUCCCCUCCCACACCCCACCAAAGGGUGAGUGACCUUGUGUGGAGACCUGGAAGAGACGGAAGGACUGCGGGAGUUAGCCCAGCUAGAGGAGCCAGGGGAGGAAGACACCAGGAUGGGGAGCGGAGCAAGUGCUGAAGAUAAGGAGAUGGCCAAGAGGUCCAAGGAGCUGGAGAAGAAGCUACAGGAAGAUGCAGACAAGGAGGCGAAGACAGUCAAGCUGCUACUGCUAGGUGCUGGGGAGUCAGGCAAGAGCACAAUUGUCAAGCAGAUGAAGAUUAUCCAUCAGGACGGUUACUCACCAGAGGAGUGCAUGGAGUUCAAGGCAGUCAUCUACGGCAACAUACUGCAGUCCAUCCUGGCCAUCAUCCGGGCUAUGACCACCCUGGGGAUAGAUUACAGUGAAAGUGGGCGAGCGGAUGAUGGGCGCCUGCUAUUCAACUUGGCGGACUCCAUUGAGGAAGGGACCAUGCCCCAGGAGCUGGUGGACUGUAUAAAGAGGCUGUGGAAAGAUGCGGGAGUGCAGGCCUGUGUCGACAGAGCCUCUGAGUACCAGCUCAAUGAUUCUGCUUCAUACUACCUGAGCCAGAUGGAAAGGAUUACAGCUCCUGGCUACCUCCCCACCGAACAGGAUGUGUUACGGUCCCGAGUGAAGACCACAGGCAUCAUAGAGACCAAGUUCUCGGUCAAAGAUCUAAACUUCAGGAUGUUUGAUGUGGGAGGACAGAGGUCAGAGCGCAAAAAGUGGAUCCACUGCUUUGAAGGUGUGACCUGCAUCAUCUUCUGUGCAGCUCUUAGCGCCUAUGACAUGGUGUUGGUGGAGGAUGACGAAGUGAACCGCAUGCAUGAAUCCCUACAUCUGUUCAACAGUAUUUGCAACCACAAGUUCUUUGCUACCACUUCUAUUAUUUUGUUCCUUAACAAGAAGGACCUCUUUGAGGAAAAGAUCAAGAAAGUACAUCUCAGCAUCUGCUUUCCAGAUUAUGAUGGUUCCAACACAUAUGAUGAUGCAGGAAAUUACAUCAAGAUUCAGUUUCUUGAUUUGAACAUGCGAAGAGAUGUGAAAGAAGUCUACAGCCAUAUGACAUGUGCCACAGACACACAGAACGUCAAAUUUGUGUUUGACGCAGUCACGGAUGUCAUUAUCAAGGAAAACCUCAAAGAUUGCGGACUCUUCUAAAUCAGCUUUGGCAGCAGCAAAGAAAAUGACUUCUAUAUAGCAUCAUUGUUCUGCUGAGCAGAGCCAGAGUGAGCAAAAGCUACUUAGGGCAAAAUUUUUCUAAGACCUACCCAGCAUGCAAAGCAUGCACUUCGAAGAACAAGCCCUGCCCAGAAAGGCACAGCUAAACUUCCUGCCACCCAGCUGUCUGCCAGGGUAAUUUCCUCCUCUAUUAUUGUUUUUAAAAACUCUCUUCAGUUUGCACACUUUAAAGAGAGAGCCCGCAGCAAUCCAGUGUGAUCUGACACUUGACAGCGCAGUUUUUGGCACACCAAAUGGGGAAGAGAUACCAGAACAGCACAUGUCAACACAGCUGCAUCUAAAAAGGCACUACAGACCUAACAUGAAAAAAAAGUGAAACCAAUCCUUUGGUGGAAUCCCAGAGAAAACCCACACCUAUAAAGAUGGGGGAAGCCAUUAAAACAAAUUUGUGAGUGAUCUGACCUAAAAGUAAUUCCUGAAUGUGGAGAUCUGAAUCCAUUUACGUUCAAGAUAAUUAACAUCUUCCCUUACGCGUUAAAAAGCAGCAAGUUUACUAGUUGUAAAUAAGUCCCAAUACUUAUUUGAAAUGUUCAAACCUUCCACUGGAGAAAGUUAAUGUGCAGAUCCCUGAAACUGGUGGAAUUUCUCCCCACAGCCUUAAGGAGCUGAUUGACUGCUUCUACUAUCCAACUAUCUCUAUGUACAAAUAGCCUGGAACCUUGACCCAUUUCACUCCCAAACCUUCCAAACUCAAACAGGCUUGCCCAUAUAGCCUAGCAAUACCAAUCCUCUCACUGCUACAUCUGCUCUUUGCUUCAGAGACUGUUGCUCAUGAUGCCUCACUGAUCUCUAGCCUAGAAGAUCAGAAGAACUUUUAAGAAAUAGUAUUGGAUUUAUUAGGAUUUAAGGAAACAUUUCACAGCAAGAAAUCAGAAGGAGCAGGCUGGAUGCCAGAGACAAAAAAUAGUUACAGUACUCGAAAAGAUUCUCAUUCUGCUAUUUAAAGUUGUCUGCUCUUUAUCAUAUGUAAAUAAACCUAUGCUAUCACUGUAGACAAAGUCUUGUAUCUUCUCAGUGUGCAUUGCAGAAGUCACGUACGGAGCUUCACUUAGAAACUGUAGCAAAGCCAAAAUAAAAAGAAAUGUGCAUGAAGUGAAUGGGUCAUUUGUUCUGCUUUAACGUUUCAUUUCUUAAAGCGUUUCCUUCCUGUGUCAUUCUUGACUCCCAAAACCUAACUCAGGGCAAGCUUCCUCUGUGCUAUUUUUACUUAUGUUCUACAUUUUACACUUAUUUCCAUAGCACCUGCACAUACAGAUCUUCAAUGAAGUCAAGCUGGCAGGCAGGGUGGCUAUAGAACAAACCCAACGCAUACAGUGUGUUCAAACUGCAGACCUAAUUGCUGCAGACCUGGAUGAUAGCAUGCAUGCCACAGUCAGCUUCCUCUCUUGAUUCUAUGAAGCAGUUAAUUUUUAAUAGCCUGAUGCUGAUAGGUGCCAAACACCCUUCAGUCCCACCCAAACUAAUGAGAAAAAAUAAGUGUUGAGACUCUUGUGGCAUCAAGUAGCACAAUUUGGGCAUACAGUGCCACUGAAGGGAUGAGGGCACAUUUAUGUUUCAGAAGCUGACUAAGCAACUCCAAGUAUCACUGUGAAUCUGCAGUACAGCCUAGACGAUCUGGUUAAAAGGCGAGCGUUUCACACUUCAGUAGCUGACAGUUACUUGUGAAGGAGCUGUCCGGACCUAACAAAUGGUGUUACACAUUACGACUGUUAUCCCUAGCAAAGAAUAUGGCAUUUGCCUACCAAGGAUCUCUCUUAAGGAGUUUAAAACAUUGUCUAAAAGUAUAGUACCACUACCAUGACAGGCAUACUGCAAGUUGGCUCGUCUCCACUUACUUUAAUGGACUUCUAGCGCGUUCUUUCUUUUCUUAAUGCUUUCAGUUGAUGAAGUGACACUGGCUAUGAACUGCACUCGCUCAUUCAGUUGGUUUUUAAAGGCGGCACCCUGCCUUGGCCUCUGCCCGAUUUCAGACUAUGUCUCUGGCUGUAAAUGAGCAACAGACUAAACUACAGUCAGCAAAUCUGAUGAAUGAUACCUGUGCCCAUAAAACCAAAUCCCCAUGGUAAAAGAAGGCUGCACAGUGCAAGACAGUAGUGGCUCCAAUACUUUUGUAUUUAAAAAGGGUCAGGCUACCCUCUGCCUAGCCUACUAAGUGCAUUUGCAACUGGCUGCCCCUCUUGCCUUCAGUCAGCUUGCAAAAAACAAGUGAAGUGAGCAGUAUGGAAGAACAUUUCCAGAAUGUCAAGAAUAAAUUAGGAAAAAUUAACUGUUUACUCACAAUUUUAAUACUGCCAACAACUAACAGGUUGAAACUGUACACGUGACAAAUUGGGAAAACGAGUCUCAUAAUGCAAUGGUUUCAGCAAAGGAAUGUGCCGACUGGUUAAGAACAUUACUACAAUAAAAACCAAAUGGCAAACAGGAAUUUUGGCACAACAUUUACAAAGUAAAGCAUGCUAUCAAUACAGUUUAAAAGUCUCUGAACAUAAAAGGCCAUGGUAAAUGCAGAACAAAGGUGCAUCUUUUACAGAAUUCCCCACUGGUUUAGACCAAAAAAA